AUGGAGCCGAAACAAAAGACAUCUACACCAGUCCCGAGCCUCAACGAGGCUUGGAAACGCCAUAUCCGGGAGCAGCUAUUCCCAGACGAUCAACAACGGUUCCACGUAGUAGAAGCCCGACUUGACACACUCGAGCCUCCCCACACCGAGUUCGACUGUAUUGUCUCCCCCGCGAACUCGUACGGGAUCAUGGACGGCGGAUUCGACUACUACCUCUCCGAAGCCCUCUCACCCAAGGGCGACAUCAUGGCGCUCACGCGGUGCGCACAAGCCGCACUGAAAGCCCGUCACUUCGGCUUCGCCCCUCCCGGCACCUGCACGCUCGUCCCGCUCAGCGCCGAGCUCCGUGAUAACCCGCGCUUCCCCCGCUGCCGCGUCCUCGCGGUCUCCCCGACGAUGCGCUACCCGGUCGACGUCAGCUGGCACGAGGACCUCGUGUACAACACCAUGUGGAGCCUGCUGGUGGAGGUCGAACGGUGGAACGAGCGUGCGGAUCGCGAGGGGGAGGGAAGAGGGCGGAUACAGAAGGUGUGCAUGACUGGCUUUGCGACGGGCGUGGGCGGGGCAAGCAAGGAGGUCUGUGCGCGCCAGAUGGUGCUUGCGGUUAAGCACUUCUUGGAUGUGGUGAGCGAGGAAGGUCGGAAGCGGUGGGCGAGGAAGGACUUCCCGAUGUGGAAUGACGUAUUACCGAUCGCGGAGGACGUUGUACGCAAAGGCACUGAGUGA